GACUGUGCACAGGGCACAGUCAUGAAAUAGUUUGGGAGAGAAGCAGUUUUACAUUAUAUGAAGUGAGUGCACAGCGGAAACGAAGCUGCAGAAACUGGAGUGGAUUAUCGACUGACUGACUGAUGAAGGAAUCUGCAGGAGAGAAAUUUACCUGCAGAGUACAACUGGAUGAUUGGUGUCGGUGAUGGGAGCCGGUGUGCGUUAGAACCAGAUCAGAAUACUUCACCUGGUUGUUCUGUUUUUUUUUUCUUUCCCGCUCAUGGUUUUUCAUGCUGAACGGGGAGGAUGCGUAUCUUUUUACCUUGCUGCGUUUUCCUCUGGGCAAUGUUACCGCAGAGCGACAUGCAGGGUGCUGUACCUGCCACAGAGUUGAACUGCUGUGAAGGGGAUAUUCUCAUCCUGCUGGAUUCUUCAGGAAGUGUAGCACACUACGAAUUCUCCCGCCUGCUGCGUUUCACUGCCGACCUGCUUCGGCCCUUCUCAUUGGGCCCUGGACAUGUGAAAGUCGGGCUGCUGCAAGUGGGCACAAGCCCAAAAUUGGUGUUCGACCUGAACACCCACGACAGUCAGGAAAGUCUACAGACGGCCCUGCAACAUGUCCACCAUCUGCAGGGAAACACCAACAAUGUGGCAGCACUUAAGGUGGCCCAGCGGCUCCUGACAGAGACAGAGGAGAGCCUGCCAAAGAUACUGCUGUGGCUGACUGAUGGUGCGCAGCCUGGAGACGUGGUCGAGCCCUUGACGGAGCUGAAGGAGUGGGGAGUGUCUGUGCUGAUCGUGUCCACAGUACAUGGCAACUACCAGGUGUUACAGAGUGCAGUGACACCUCCUCUGGAGUCCCACCUGUACUUUGUGGAAUUCGACAACGUCGCCAUCAUCACAGAAGAUCUGAGGAAGGCCAUCAUCAAAAUCAUUCGUGCAGAACGACUGCAAGUGGUUCACUUGACCUCCAACAGUGCUGUGCUGCAGUGGCGUCCCAUUCUGACAGCAGACAGUGGUAUUUAUGAGCUCUGGUAUAACUCCAUGUUGAACACGGACCCCGAGACCAGACGUACCAUCUCAGGUGGCUCCACCCGGAUGGAGCUGACAGACCUCCAGCCUGAUACCACCUACACAGCGUCUCUCCGCCCAGAGUCCAAUCAGAGGCUGUAUGACACACUCUCUGUGACCUUCACCACACUUCCUGAUGUUGUAAGCCCGUCAGAGGUCUCCGUGUCAGACUCCGGCCCUCAUCAGAUCCGCGUGAGCUGGGGACCUCUGCAGCCGGCCCGCGUCCAGAGAUACACGGUGGAGUACGGAGCUAUUCCGAGUGGUCAAGUCCAGACUGUGACGUUUCAUAGCCAGCAGAAUUCUACUUUGCUUACAGGCCUGGACCAGGGCACUCAGUACCUGGUCACAGUCAGCGCUCUGCAUGUCGAUGGAAAAGAAAGAGCCAUGUCAGUGAGGGCAUGCACUCAGGAGGCCACUCCACCCGCUCUGGCCGACCUACAGCUGACCCCUGUGCAGCCUCAGGAGGUGCAGGUAGCGUGGAUGGCCCAUCAGGAAGGCCUGAAGGGCUACUGGCUCAAGUGGGAGAGAAAAAACUCCCAGGCCUCCUCCGUCUACCUGUCUCCCAGCUCUCGUUCCACGCGGCUCACACACCUUUCCCCGGGCAGCCAAGUGUGUGUGUCUCCAGUCUACAGCUCGGGCCUGGGUGACGGGUUGUGCUGCACUGCACUGCACACAGGCUAAAUAUAAGCCCUGUGUUAUCUUUACCUUUUUUUUUUACUUAAUUCCCAUUUGUACAUUGCAGGAUUAGUUCACUGGAGGUAGUUUAAUUUCCUGUUUCUCUGAUAGAUUUCUAGCCAGUGGGGUUAACAACCAGAGACUGCAGCAAAAAACAUGGAUGAAAUUAUGUUUUUUAAGCCAAGAGUUUAUCACAUCACUCCGGCCCUGUGUCCUCACAAUGUCUGUGUGAAUACAGAGCAUAAUUGAUUCUUUCUUUGUCCUGCAAAGAAAAACAUCCCCAAAUUCAUCCAGACACAUUUCAUUUAUUCAGUAAUUCAGGAGCAUCCACAGCUGCAGAGUCUGAAGAUAGACAGUAAUUACUGUCAACAUAAGGAGCUAUUAUUACUCAUAAUAAUUAUUUAUUAUCAUUACUAUUAUAAUGCCAACCUUCUCUUAAAAUGAACUGUUAAAUUAUUGUAGCUGUCUUGUUGUUUACCUUCCUAUUUGCCCUGUGGAAUCAAAAUCUAAAUUAGUAGCAUCACCUGUUGAUUGAACUGAGACUUCUCUCAUCUGACAAGUGACAACAGUUUAUAUAGAGUUUAUAAAUAAAGAUCAAGAUAAGAAAUUAACAGAUUUUAAGUAUAAAAAGUCCCUCUGAGUUGCAGAGUAAAACGAAUGCAAUUAAAGUACCGAAAUGAACUGUUACAUCCACAUCUUUAUUCAUUUAAAUUGUCAAAAUAAGGAAAAUAAAAACUACAGGCAUCAAUUCAGAGGUCAUCUUAACCCUCAAACUCUAAGACAUUUCUACAUUAGAAGUGUUAAGCAUAUUUAAUUGAUUAACAUUAACCUGUAGCUUUGAAAACCAAGCCACAGGACUAGGACCAUGUUAGCACAACACUCGCUCAGAUAGAGAAUCUUUCGUCCUGAUGAAUGUAUGUUGAUUUGAUAAAAUAAUAAGAGUAUGUGUAAAAAAGUUGUGCCCAUGGGCUGCAGACAACAAACCAUGGUGUAUGGACCAACAGAGAAAUGUCACACUGGUGUUUCUUAUCCUAUAAAAUCCAAAUUUCAGAUUGUUGUUUUCCACCUGUGGCCUCUUGACUGACUUCUUUUUGAUAUUAUUGGUUAUUUAUCCAUCCAUUAUCUAUCUUGUAAGAGUCAUGUCGGGGAGCUGGAGCCAAUCCCAGCUGACAUUGGGAGAGAGGCGGGGUACAGAGUUUGCCAGUGUAUUACAGGACCAACAUACAUAGACAAACAACCAUUCACACUCACUUUCACAGCUACGAAUAAUUUAGAGUCUCCAAUUAACCUAGGCCCAUUGUGGAUGUCUUGAACUGUGGGAGGAAGCCAGAGAGAAAUCCCACUCACACACGGGGAGAACAUCCAUUCGUCAUUCCUGUGACUUUCAGCAGCAAAUUAGGCAAAUAAGUCAGAGAUAGAUGAAUUUCAAUUUGACAGUCAGUUAUACAAACGCAGGGAGGGGCUGAUGUUUGUAAAGGCUGAGAAUGAUUUUAUGUCUCUUAUGCAAUCAGCUCUUGAGAUCAGAGUGACUUAAUGUCACACCCUGUUAAAGCCCUAUGAGAUGAAUUGUAAUUUGUGAAUAUGGGCUAUACAAAUAAAAUUUGAUUGAUUGAUUGAUUGAUUAAUCUCUGUAGUCAUAUCAGGCUUCUGUGCAGCACAGAACACAGAGUGAACAUCUGUUGUGAAUUAUAUAUUUUUUGCUUCGUAGAUAUCUUUAUGUGCUUGUGAAUUUCUGAUCAGGAUUGUAUCUUAAAAAUGUAUCUCAAAGCAAAUCAAAUUUUGCAAAAUGUUUACAUAAAGAAGAUUUUAUUAAAGAUAUAUUUGCACUGGGA